AUGGGAAUAUCUGACAGAGUGACCAAUGAAAACAGUAAAUGUGAAAUAAGGAAGGAAAAGAGACUGUGCUACAUUCAACCAUGCCAAGCAAAAUUUCCAAAGAGCAUAAAGGUAAAGCACAUUUCAGACUACAAUUUCCUCAUUAGGCUGAAAGUAUUAACUGCUAGAUGUAUGAUUUUUUAAAUAACCAUGGGGCUGGUGGGGAGAGAAGUUAUGGUCUUGCUGUUCAAUAGUGGAUUUGAAAAUUAGGGAGACAGGAAUAACAGAUCAUCUCAUAGAAACUUGUGGAAUGUUUUCUACAUUGCUCAUAUGGCACAUAACUACCAAUAGAGAAUUAUUGGGCCCUUCUUUGCACUGCUGGUGUUCAAAGGAGAUUCUUUCAGGUCCCAUCUACCCUAUUCAUUUAAAGCAGAAUUAUACCACUUAAAAUAUUAAUUGCUUUCCUCCAAUGAAUCCUGGGAACUGUAGUAUAUUCAGGGUACUGGGAGUGGUUAAUAGACUCCCUAUUCCCCAUAGCACUACAAUUCCAAGAGUUAUUUAACAGUCAAUCUCUUCCCAGCAAACACUGCGAAUUGCAGCUACUUGAGGGGGACUAGAGGUCCCUAGGAGCUCUUAGAACCCUGAACAAACUCCAGAACCCAGGAUUUCUUUGGGGGGAAACAAUGGCUAUUUAAAGUGGAAUCAUGCAGCUUUAAAUAUAUACUGUAGUGCAGUGUAUAAUCCAUGUCUGUUAGCACUGGUGCCUGCUGAGUGCAUUCCCCAGUUGUCACAUGUUUAUAUUAGCCCAAAUCAGGUGUCCAGAAAGUCAGGUGGUAAAGUGCUGGGAUGAAUCUCACAGGUCACUGAUUAAAUUUCCCACUCAUAUAGUGUCACAGUGGUCUUGAAGGUGGCAGGAUAGUGAACCUGCAGGAGUUAACAGUGUAGAACUAAGUUAUCAGCACUGCACAAAGAUCAAGCAAUGCUAAACUUAUAUUUUAAAUUUGCAUGCACUGUAGGUAGCUAAAAAUAUGGCCUCAACACUGCUACUUCAAUAUGCAUGUAAUAAACUUCACUUUGAACAUAAUAGUAAGAUUUUACUUUUAUAUUUCAAGAUACCUAAAGGAAAAACAUGCCGACCUACAUUCCAGCUUGCCAAGGCAGAGAAACUAGUAUUUUCUGGAUGCACAAGUACACAAAAAUAUAGACCAACCUUUUGUGGAAUCUGCCUGGACAAGAGAUGUUGCAUACCCAACAAAUCUGUAAUGAUUACUGUGCAGUUUGACUGUCCAAAGGAAGGCUCCUUUAAGUGGAAGUUGAUGUGGAUUACAACUUGUGUUUGUCAGAAGACAUGCAAUGAUCCAGGAAACAUAUUUUCUGAACUCAAACUCUUGUAA